AUGUGUUUCGAAGCGGCAAAAGGUAUUAGUGGUUGGAGAAAUAGGUUUGAAGGUUGCAUGGAUAUGGAUGGUAUAAUGCAUGCCUUCAACAGUCAGUGGGUCUCUAAUUGUGAGCUAUGUACAUGUGGUGAACAAUUUGGAAUACAUUGCUGCAGCAAGUUGAAGAGGCCAAGGCUGUAUGACAGAGACAGAUGCAAGGAAAUUUUAAACAAAACUCUCUGUAUAAUCACUGUUGUACUGAAAAGCAAUCCUUCUACGUUCUGUAGAGUCAGGGGUUAUUUAGGUUAA